UAACGCCUCUGAUUAAACUUAACUUGUAUCACCUGACAUAUUCCUUUAAGAAUGAAUGACCAGGAAGUUGAUGGUCACUCAGGUUUCUGUUAGAGUUUAUAAAAGUGACAUAAAUUGCACUAAUAUCAUCAAUCGUAAAAGGCCCGUUCACACCAACACAAUCGUUUCUAAUGCUGUGAAAACAGGGAAGUUCACACCGCAUCCAAAAGAUAAUAACAGAGGAGCGAUAUCGCUGGAAUCACUUUCAGAACUAUUUUUUUAGCCAAUCAAACACUGACAGCCAAUCAGAAUCCACCCAAUUUUACGGAGCUCGAGCAUUUAAAGCAUCAGACGACAAAACUGUGUACGCUUAAAUAAACAGCAUGCUAUUCUCUGUUGGUGUGGAUGUUAAUAUAGUUAUCAUUAUCAGUCUUGGAGUGAUCAAGCCUUAAUACAUCGAUCACUAAUCUGCUGUCUCUCUCUCAUUGAGCAGGUCACUCUUUGAGAGGAAGCACUGGGCUACAGGCAUGUGACAGCUGCUGAGGUAAAGAUGACUUUACUGGCAGGCGAUGGUUCGGAUUAUGACUACAGUGCUUUAAGUUGCACCUCGGACACCUCUCUGAACGGGCCGCCCAUCCAGGAACGAGAGGCCCUCAAGGGUGUUUAUUACAAACGGGCGCAACAACUGUCUCCGACCGACUCUAACAUCACCGAUGUGCUCUAUCCAGAUGACAACGGCAACCUGCUUUCCUGCGGCCAGCGGCUGCAUGUCAUCAUUAACGUGGGCGGCCUGCGGUACCAGCUUCCCUGGACCACGCUGGAGGACUUCCCCCUCUCACGUCUGGGCCAGUUGCGUCUGUGCAGCAGCUUUGAUGAGAUCAUGCGGGUGUGCGACGACUACGACGUGAUCCACAACGAGUUCUUCUUCGACCGCAGUCCCUGCGCCUUCCAGACCAUCCUCACCUUCCUGCGUGCCGGGAAGCUGCGCUCUCUGCGCGAGAUGUGCGCCCUGUCCUUCCGAGAAGAGCUGCUGUAUUGGGGCGUACCAGAGGAGAGCUUGGAAUGGUGCUGCCGGCGACGCCUCCUGCAGCGCGUGGAGGAGUGCAACGAGUUAGAGCGGGUGGCAGAGGAGGACGACGAGGAUGACAGCCAAAGCAGUUUGGCCAGAGAGUCUCGCCUCAGCCACUGGAUGGGAAAGCUAAGAGACAUGGUGGAGAAGCCUCACUCCGGCCUGCCGGGGAAGAUCUUCGCCUGCCUGUCGGUCCUGUUCGUCACAAUAACAGCCAUCAACCUGUCCAUAAGCACCAUGCCUGCCAUGAGGGAGGAGGAGGAGACGGGCAAAUGCUCUCAGAUGUGCUACAACAUCUUCAUCGUGGAGACGGUGUGUGUGGCCUGGUUCUCGCUGGAGUUCACGCUGCGCUUUAUCCAAGACCGCAGCAAGCUGGCCUUCCUCCGGCGGCCGCUCAACCUGAUCGACGUCAUAGCCAUCCUGCCCUACUACAUCACGCUGGUGGUGGACAGCACCUCCACGGGCGAGAAACGCUUGGGCUCGGGCAGCAGCUAUCUGGACAAAGUGGGCCUGGUGCUGCGCGUGCUGCGGGCGUUACGCAUCCUCUACGUGAUGCGGCUGGCGCGCCACUCGCUCGGACUCCAGACGCUCGGGCUGACGGCGCGCCGGUGCACGCGGGAGUUCGGCUUGCUCCUCCUCUUCCUCUGCGUGGCCAUAGCUCUCUUCUCCCCGCUGCUCUACCUGAUCGAGAACGAGGCCGGGGUCACGCGAGAGUUCAGUAGCAUUCCUGCAACGUACUGGUGGGCCGUGAUCACCAUGACCACGGUGGGUUACGGCGACAUGGUGCCGCGCAGCAUCCCCGGACAGGUGGUAGCGCUCAGCAGCAUCCUCAGCGGGAUCCUGCUCAUGGCGUUCCCCGUCACCUCCAUCUUUCACACAUUCUCGCGCUCCUACGUGGAGCUCAAGCAGGAGCAGCAGCGGCUGCUGCAACGCAGGACGCACUUUCUGCUGCGUAGCCGCAUCGCAGGUCUGGGCAGCAACCUGUCACUGGAGAGCAACAUGCUUUUUCCUAGCGUCUCGUCUGAUCACAGAAACCGAGAGGAAUAGGAGUACAAAAAAAGUGGAGGGUGCUAAUGGACGCGGAAUAUAAAGCAGCUGUUUUGAAUGUUGUUUUACAUAUAUUCCAUCAACAAUCCAUUAAAGCGAUAGAUAAAAAAAAAAGAUCAAAAAUGAAAAUUCUGUCAUCAUUUACUCACUCUCAUGUCCUUCCACACCCCAAGAAUUUGGUUAAAGGGCUUCCCAAAAAUGAAUGAAAAUUCUGUCAUCAUUUACUCAACCUCAAGUUGUUCCAAACCUGUAUGAGAAUCUUUCUACUGCUGAACACAAAAGAAGAGAUUUGGAAGAAUGUAGGAAACAGUUGCUGGUCCUCAUUGACUUCCAUAAUAUGGAAAAAAAAUACUAUGGAAGUCGAUGGCUAGCGUCAGCUGUUUGGUUACCCACAUUCUUCAAAAUCUCUUCUUUUGUGUUCAACUGAAGAAAGAAACUUGUACAGGUUUGGAAUAUGUGUAAAUGACAGAAUAAAAAAUAAAAAAAGACCUUCAAGUCACAGUCUCUCCAUCGAAUGUAAAACAAAUCCAUAUGAUGACAGAAUUUUCCUUUUUGUUGACCUGUUAUCAUUAAGAUCAACCUUAUCACAUUUACAGACAGUCAUUUUCAAAUAAGGUCUGAAAGUUUUUUUGGGGUGAACUUUAAAAAGUCUUUUAGAGGUGCUCGGUCGUCAACCUUCCAGCAGAACUGACUUCCGAAUUUCAGACCUUUCAAUCCUUAUUUGAAAAUGACUGGCUGUAAAUGUGAUAAGGUUGAUCUUAAUGAUAAUAGGUCACCAAAAAUGAAAAUUCUGUCAUCAUUAAAGGUGUGUUCACACCAAAGUCAGUAACUAUAACAAUAACUAUGAAGUUCUAAUUGUAUGAGAAGAGGGAAGUCCACAGCAAAACUAUAAUUAUAAUGACACAUAGGAACGAUAACAUUAGGAUCACUUUGAAAACUUUCAGAACCUUCCUGUUAUUUCAAACCUUCUUCUGUGGAACUCAAAAAGAGAAUUUUGAAUAAUGCAAAAGGUUUUUUUUCCUCAAAAAAUCUGAUGAAUGGGGGACUGGCACUUUUAAAGCAUCAGAAAGGACAUAAGCUGUAUAAAACUGUAAUGUACUGUAAGUUUAAUAAAAAUGAUUUGUGUGCUAUAUAAUGCCUUUUGAAAUUGUAAAACAAAUAAAAUAAAACUCUUUCCCUCUGGUGGACUGUUAACCGCUGUACUCCCUCUGAACUUGAGAACCAAUAUGUGAAGAAUCGUUUAGAUCUGUUUUAUGUACUCAAUUAAAGAUUAAAAAAAUUAAGUCAGUCACGAAUUGGACUUCGCUACUUCUCAUGAAUGCAUCAGUGUUGUUGUUUAACUAAAACUAAAAUAGUUGUUUUCAGUGAUUAAAAAGAAAGCUGAAAUAAAAUAAAAUAUUGGAAGAAACACCAUAACUUAAAAAAUUAGAAAUGUUGCAAUGGCAACCAACUAACUAAUUAGAGCUAUAUGUAAAUAUAAAUAUAUAAAGCUAUAUAAAUAUAUUUUUUUAAACUCAAUAAAAGGGACAAAAACAACAAAAUUACUAAAACUUAAUUUAAAAUCAAAAUGAAAUAUGAAAACGAAUUCAAAAUAAAAUAAUGCAUUUAUAUGCUAUUAUAGUAUAAUAUAAAUAAUAAUGUAUAAUAAUAAUAAUAAUAAUAAUAAAAUAACACAGGAACACAUCAAGGACAGCUAGGGUGUAAUGCAAAAUUUUAAGUAAAUAAAAACGUCAAAUAAUCACAAAGCCAUCAUGUGACUUCUGAAGUCUGGAUAUAGACUUUUCUGGUGGCUUUUUUGUCAUUUUCCAGCUUGACUUCACUUAUUUUACAUUAUAUUGAAAAGAGAGUGGUCAGGAUAGGCCAUGGAAGGCAGCAGGUACGUUCUGGAGCAACAUGAGAGUUAUUAAACAAAGACAGAAUCUUCAUUUUUUGGUGAAUUAUGCCUUUAAGACACAAAACUGAGCAUUUCUGUUUUAAUUCAUUAGGCUCCAUUGCAUUUUUUUCAGGCCCCUUUUCAAAAUCUUUCUGCCUAAAAAUGCUGUCACUUCACCUUUAAGUAUGAAAAAAAAAAAAAAAAAAAAAAAUCCAUGUGACAUUUAAAUUUUAUAUUGGUGAAACAUCUUUCACUAUAUGAAUUCACCGGUCACCAAAUUUUGAGACAACGCAAAAGUCACAACUUCUGCACAUAUGCUUGCGUUCUGCAUGAGUACCUUCCCUUUGUGCAAAUGUAAUUCUAACACACAUAUCACACACUGACAUGUCAGUCGAAUCAUGUGUUUAAACACAAGGUUUAUGUUCAAAGUCUCGUGCUGCUGAUAUGUGCUGAAGUGUAUGAUUCAAAUCCAUAUAACCUUCAGAUUUCAUGCCAUAUAAUUCUGUACCACAAUAUACAGUCUGUAAUGUUUACUGCUAAGAAAACUGCCAGGAAUAUCUGCCUAUAUAGUUUCUCAUGUGUCAC